AUGAGUUCAAAGCAGCGUUCGUCCACCGCGGAAGAGAAAGCCAUGGAAAAAAUCGCAGCCCUGUACUGGGAUCUGAACUGUCUCUUUGUGUUUCGACAAAUCAAUACUGGGGGUGAACCCUCUCCCGAGGACAAUGCUAACUAUGACAGUAUGAAGCAGGCUACGACAUUGUUCAUCAAUGUCGUCAUGAGGGAAGUUUCUGCAACACACCAUGAUGGUGCACCGCCCACUCGAUGUGUAAGUUUCAUCAACGAGCUAGGAUGGAAGCUGUUUGGUAUUUGUGCACAAUCAGAAUGCUUCCAGGUAGCCUCCAUGAAAAUAGGUGCAGCAGAUUGGCUCCAAUUCCAGAAACUGAUUUCUGACAACAGUCGCAGUAUAGAAAUCUUCGCUCGGUCUCGCAAGGUGGCAUGGCGAGGGCCUCUCUUGACAUACACGCAGUACAAUCUACCGGGCCUUGAGAACGCUUUGUCUUCUGAGAUCAAUAUCGCUGGGGAACACCCCCACCACAUUGUACGAGAACUUGAUGACCACCUCAAGCGACCAAUCUGCAAUGGGAGGGCCCAAGUGAAUAUGAGUUCGUCUAGCUGGAACCCUGACAAAUUCCCCAAGUUUCCACGCGACAACCCGGCCCUUCGCAAGCCAGAGAACGGUGUUUGCUUGAUAUGCCGAUCUCGUGAGCACUGUGAGUGCCGACUCACAUCUAUGGCAGGUGACUUGGUAGAACUGGUUGAGUUUAGUGGCCGAGGUACGGGAGUUCGAGCGCUUGCUAACUUCAAGUGCCAUGAUAUCUUAGGUGAAUAUGUCGGUGUUAUAGCUCCUUUGAACUCUGGGCUGGUAGACCCGAUUUACAAGAUGACUACUUGUGCUUUUGACCCAGCCACUGGAAAACCGGAAGAUGUUUGUGACAUCUUUCCGAGGAAACACGGUAACUGGACACGCUUUCUGAACCAUUCCUGCAGUCCAGCAGCCCAUUUUAUCUGGGGAUUGGUGGGCGACAAGGUGAUCACGACCAUCCGAGCAGCACGGGAUAUCUCUAUCUUCGAGGAGAUCACCGUCGACUAUGGUGAGAAUUACUGGAAAGACUCGCCAUACUAUUGUCUCUUCUUUGUUGAGAUAUUGCCACCUUUGAUCGAGUCGACAGUAGGAGAUCACUUCGCAAAAGUCGUGGCAGAGCAUGGAGACCGGACAGCUGUGAUCUCAAAGCAUCAGAAUGAUCGUGUCACCUAUGCAUCCCUCGAUACUCGAAGCAAUUCCCUUGCUCGGGGACUCGAGUCGGUGGGGAUUAACAAGGGAGAUCGGGUUGGCGUGAUGCUCGGAAACUCCAUGGAAUAUGCAGUGAUAACAUAUGCGUUAUUCAAACUUGGAGCCAUCCUGGUCCCAUUGAAUCCCUCGUUCAAUGCCAUGCAAAUCGCUGCAGCAUUGGGGCACCUGGAGUCCAGCCACCUUAUAAUCAACACAGAAUCCAACCUUCCCCGCAAAGACCCUCGCAGCAAUAUUCCACUACUCCAACAUCUUGUGGGGGACCUCUGCAGCUCAAAGCUGAGCUCGAGUCUAGUCCCCACUCUGAAACAGAUCAUCCUCCUCGACAACUCUGCCGGUCGCGUCGAUGUAUCUUCGUACAAGAGCUUAACCCCAUUUUCAUCUAUCGUAUCCGAAUUAUCAGCGGACGGGCGACCCUUGGCAGAGCAAAACCUUAACCCGAAUGACAUCGUCAACAUCCAAUUCACAUCUGGGACAACAGCCAUGCCCAAAGCAGCAUGCCUCACCCACCGAUCCAUUCUCAAUAAUGGUUCCCAGGUCGGCGACCGCAUGCUCCUUACCCCCGAGGACAUCGUCUGCUGUCCACCUCCACUCUUUCACUGUUUCGGAUGCACACUAGGGUACAUGGCGACAGCAACCCACGGCUCAGCCAUCGUAUUCCCAACAGAAUCAUUUAACGCCCGUGCAGUACUCAAAGCAGUGCAGGAAGAAAAAUGCACAGCGCUCUACGGUGUUCCAACCAUGUUCCUAGAGGAACUCGGUCUCAUUGAAUCCGGGGAGGUCUCGAGCGAUGGCUUCCAGUAUCUACGAACGGGCAUUGCAGCUGGAAGUAGUAUUCCUUCAGAGCUGAUGAAGAAAUUGCACCGAGUACUCAAUCUGACGGAGCUAACCAUUUGUUAUGGAAUGACCGAGACCAGUCCUGUCUCCGCAAUGACCCACACAGAUGACCCUAUUGAUAAGCGCUUGAAUACCGUUGGUCGACUUAUGCCACAUGUCGAGGCAAAAGUCGUAAAUCCGGCGAACAGGAAAGAGAUUCUUCCUAUUGAGGCGCGGGGCGAAUUAGCUGUUAGUGGGUAUCUUUUGAUGAAAGGAUAUUGGGGAGAUCCCGAGCGAACGGCAAAGGAGAUGUUUGCGGAUGAUGACGGCAAACUUUGGAUGCAUACUGGUGAUGAAGCAUCAAUGUCACCAGACGGAUACGUCACUAUUACUGGCCGCAUUAAGGACUUGAUCAUCCGUGGUGGCGAGAAUAUCCAUCCAUUGGAGAUAGAGAAUUGCCUUCUAGCACACCCGGGUGUCAGCGAAGUGUCCAUCGUUGGUGUGCCAGACGAACGAUAUGGUGAGGUGGUUGCCGCGUUUGUGGUUGCUCGACAGCCGGGUUCCCUUACUCCAGAGGAUAUUCAGCAAUGGGUGCGAGGGAAAUUGAGUAGUCAUCUUGUUCCAAAAUAUGUAUUUUUCCUCAAGGCAUCGGACGCUUCCGCCAAAACAGCAAGUGGGAAAGUCCAGAAGUUUAAGCUUAAAGAACAAGCGAUCAAGCUUUUGGCCGAUGGAGCAUAA